GGCGGUCGGCAACAACUUAUAGUGCACCGAAAUUAUGGUAUUUUUCAAUUAGAUGUGAUGAAAACAGUUUCUCCAAUAAUUUCGGCGAAAACAAUAAAAAUAUAUACACGCAUGUGCAUUCGUUGUUCAGGUGUCUAUAAACGGUCAAACGACAAUUGAAUGUGGCAUCGUUGUUUGCUUACAAAGUGCAAUUAAUUAGUUAGGUGAAUUCAAAACCAAUUUCGAAAAUUCGUUACUUAUCAGUCUGUGUGCGGUGGUGCAAAUAAUGCUAUUGGCUUUAUUAUUGUUGAUAUUCUUCAUUAUAUGGUGGCAACGCAAUGCCUGGUUGCUGGUAUGGCGCCUCAAUGGAUGGCGUGGUAUGCUGCAACAGCCAUACUUAUGGUUUAUUUUCCUGUUCUAUUUGGAACCAAAAAAACUAUUGCAGGCCGUUUCCCGCAUACGACCCCAUUUUCAACGUCCGCUGGCCAUUGUAUUCGGCAAUAAAACUGUGAUUUACGUCGACGACCCUGCGACUAUGGAACAAUUUUUCAAUGCACCCGAAUGUAUAGAUAAAUCUUUCUUUCAAAAUGGAUUUUGCUUACGUCGAGGCUUAUUACAUGCUAAAGGAGCUGCGUGGAAAUCUCGGCGUAGACAGUUGGACCCAGCUUUCGGUUCUAAAGUCUUACUAAGCUUCAUUGACACCUUUAAUACGGUCGGAAAUCAAUUGGUGCACAAAUUCGAUACGGAGUUAUUGGGGGACAAUGUGCAAUUUAAUAUUCUAGACGAAAUGUUUUGCAGAGCAGUGCUUGAGGUCUCAUGUCAAACAACAAUGGGCACGGAAACCAACUUUACAGCUGCAGACACACAGGGUAUUGCAAGGACCUACAGCGAGCUCAUGGAUAUAUCAGCAUUGAAGGGCACAAAACCUUGGUUGCAAGUGGAUUUUAUAUUUUAUCUGCUGGAUACUAAGAACUACAAACGCAGCCAAGAACUUAUGAAACAUUUAGAGGAGUUUGUGAAAAUUAUCGUACAAAAAAAGCAUGCUGAGUGGAAGGCAGGAAGUCAGAGCAAUAUUUCGAAUAUUGGCACCAAUGAUGCAGAUUCAAGAAACACUGAUGGCGCAGAAGAUCCAAAGGAUGCCAAGAUUGCAGGAAGUACAAAUCGAAGGCGUAUUUUUAUUGAGCAAAUAUUCCAUAUGGUCGAUACCGGCGAACUGCGAAUGGAGGAUGUUAUGGAUGAGGCGCUAUCCAUGCUGAUGGUGUCAUUUGAAACGAUUUCUACCAGUGUUUUAGUCACUGUGCUCCUUCUGGCGAUGCAUGAGGAUUGUCAGCGUAAAUUACGGGAGGAAAUCACAACAACUUUUCCCAAACAAUCACAAAUAUUUAAUAUCGAUCCAACGCAGUUGUUACAAAUGACUUACCUCGAUUCCAUUGUAUACGAAUCGUUACGCCUACUCACUACUGUUCCAUUUAAUAUGCGCGCGGUGAGCCGAGAUUUUUAUUUGCAACUAGUAUCUGGUGCCGGCGGUACAACGCGACGAGUAAAAGUGCCAAAAGACACAGCACUCGUAUUUGAUGUUUUCAAUAUGCAACGUGAUACAAAAUUUUGGGGCGCCCAUGCCAAAGAAUUCCAUCCCGAACACUUUGCAUCCGGAAGUACAGGUUCGGCGGGACGUCAUCCAUACGCGUUUGUGCCAUUUGCCAAAGGAUUGCGUUACUGUAUAGGGAAUCGUUAUUCGAUGUACUUGGCUAAAAUAUUUUUGGUGAAAUUAAUUUAUCACUUUGAAUUUGGCACCUCAAUAAAAUUGGAAGAUUUGAUUUUCGUAAAUGGCAUUUCGUUGAAGUUUGGCAAUAGCGAAAGUAUAAAUUUCCAAAUAAGGAAGCUCAGUGAAUCUAACGCUUAGUUGUUCAUCGUUUCGUUGUUAGUCAUGGUUGCCUUUUCAUUCUAACGAACUUUCGCAGUAAUAUACUUAGGUAAAAAUGUGCUUUGGACAUCUACAUAAACAUUUGGAUUUUAUACGAACUUGAAUGCCUUAAAUAUUUUAUAUUUACUACUCUAGUUUCUAA